AGGAGGCAGCAGUGCGCGUCUCCGCCGCCUUCCUCCUCCUCCUCCACGGACACCAGUCUCCCGCAAAUCCUGUUUGCAAAAGGCAGAGCCGCAUCCACAAUGGCGACCCUGAAUAAUACCCCCUUCUCCUGCUCUCCUGCCCAGUAAUGGCAGCGAGUCCCCAGGAGCGGCAGCAAUAAUAGAGCAGAGCCGUGAAGCUACCCGGGCGGGGAACACAGCGAGCAGAGCGCCGCACUAGAGACCCGGGGACCCUGCACGGAGAGGAUCAUCCAAGACCGCUCUGGGUUUCUCAAGUAUGGGUGAAUCGGAGCAUCAGCAGACGGCGGGCUCACGGCUAGGUGCUCCUGAGAGUGGUGGCAUUAGCACAUUGGAACAUGGAAUCAAGCCACCUACAUCCCCACAGGGAAAGUCUUUUCCUUUUAAGAUCCAAAUGCUGGAUGACACACAGGAGACCAUUGAAGUUCCUAUCCGAGCCCCUGGUAAAGCGCUCCUGGAUGCUGUCUGCAAUCAUCUAAACUUGGUAGAAGGGGAUUAUUUUGGCCUUGAGUUCCUGGACCAUAGGAAGAUUAUGGUUUGGCUGGAUCUAAUAAAACCCAUUGUAAAGCAAAUACGAAGGCCUAAAAAUGUUGUUUUGAAGUUUGUGGUGAAGUUCUUUCCUCCUGACCAUACCCAGCUGCAAGAAGAAUUAACAAGGUACCUCUUUGCACUGCAAGUGAAGCAAGACUUGGUACAGGGACGGCUCAUAUGUAACGAGAGCAGUGCUGCACUCCUAAUAUCACAUAUUGUACAAUCCGAGAUAGGAGAUUUUGAUGAAUCGGUUGACCGUGAACAUUUGUCUAAAAAUACCUAUAUGCCCCAGCAAGAAGAACUAGAAGACAAAAUCAUGGAAUUUCACCGCAACCAUUUUGGCCAGACUCCAGCAGAGUCUGAUUUCCAGCUAUUGGAGAUUGCGCGCCGGUUGGAGCUGUAUGGGGUGAGACUGCAUCCAGCCAAGGACAGAGAGGGAACGAAGAUUAACCUGGCAGUGGCCAACACGGGCAUUCUUGUUUUCCAGGGCCAUACAAAGAUAAAUGCAUUUAAUUGGGCAAAAGUUAGGAAGUUGAGUUUCAAGAGAAAACGGUUUCUCAUAAAACUAAGGCCAGAUUCAAACAGUUCUUACCAGGACACUCUGGAGUUUAUGAUGGCGAGUCGGGAUUUUUGCAAGUCGUUUUGGAAAAUAUGUGUAGAGUACCACGCUUUCUUCAGGCUCUUCGAGGAACCCAAGCCAAAGCCCAAACCAGUUCUUUUUAGCCGAGGUUCAUCUUUUAGGUUUAGUGGCCGUACUCAAAAGCAAGUAUUGGACUAUGUAAAAGAAGGAGGGCACAAAAAAGUGCAAUUUGAGAGGAAACACAGCAAAAUGUGCUCGAUCAGAAGUCUUACAAUUCAUCCGCCUGAUCAGAUACCGGAGGUGCCAAAAGAAAGUUCUAAUAUAACAUUAACACAAAUAACUCAGCCAGAUGAGAUACAGUCUUUAAAACAACAGAAAGAAGAUAAGGUAGCGGCAGAUACAUCGGUACAACGCAAGAGCCCGUCUCCCAAGAAAAGCCCUCUGGACAGGAGAGCACAGGAGGCAGCAACUCUAAAGAUUGAUGGUGAAGAUGGUGUCAAAGACCAUACGCAGCACAACGUAAAGAACGCACACCAGCCAAGCACAGGUUCUUUAACAGGAAGCCCGCAUCUUUCAGAACUAUCUAUAAAUUCUCAAGGAGGUAUGAUUGGCCUGAACUCUUCGUUAUCACCAAAUCUUAGCCCGGAUGGAAAGUCUUCAUCACCUCUAAUUAGCCCACUGCUUAAUGAACCUGUCUGCAUCAGAACGGACGAUGAAGAAGACAGCCGUAAAAAGAGAUGUCCAACAGACAAAGCAUAUUUUAUUGCCAAGGAGGUUUCCACCACAGAGUGCACUUACCUGAAAGACCUUGAAGUUAUCACAACGUGGUUCCUGAAGGCACUAAACAAAGACGACUCCAUGCCAGAAUCUCUAAAAACCCUCAUGUUCUCCAACUUUGAGCCAAUACAUAAAUUCCACACUGCUUUCCUAAAAGAAGUUGAUCAGAGGCUUGCUCUUUGGGAAGGAAGAUCAAAUUCUUACAUGAAAUCUGAAAAUCAAAAGAUUGGGGAUAUUAUGCUAAAGAACAUUCAGGGUAUGAAGCAACUCACAAGUAAUCUCCAGAAACAUUACGAGGCGCUGAUGGAGCUUGAGAAAGCAAUUAAAGCCUCCCGCAAGCUGGAAAUCGUGUGCCGGGACUUUGAGCAGGAGAAGGUUUGCUACUUGCCUCUGAAUAGCUUCCUUAUCCAACCACUGCACCGACUAAUGCACUACAAACAGAUCAUGGAAAGGCUGUGCAAACACUACUCUCCAAAUCACCCAGACUUCAGGGAUUCCCGAGCUGCUUUAGCCGAAAUCUCCGAAAUGGUAGCUCAGCUUCACGGUACGAUGAUCAAGAUGGAAAAUUUCCAGAAGCUGCAGGAGCUUAGGAAAGAUUUGACAGGCAUUGACAAUCUGGUCAUUCCAGGAAGGGAGUUUAUUCGGCUCGGCAGUUUAAGCAAGUUGUCCGGGAAAGGAUUGCAGCAGCGGAUGUUCUUCUUGUUUAAUGACGUCUUGCUGUAUACAAGCAGAGGAUUGACUUCCUCAAACCAGUUUAAAGUCCAUGGGCAGCUUCCCCUUUACAAUAUGACAGUAGAAGAAAGUGAAGAAGAAUGGGGCGUUCCUCACUGCCUUACUUUAAGAAGCCAGAACCAGGCUAUUGUGGUGGCAGCCAGUUCCAGGUCUGAGAUGGAGAAGUGGAGAGAGGAUAUUCAGAUGGCCAUCAGUCUGGCUGAAAAAAGCGGUGGUCCUAUCCCCGAGCUCUUGGCUAGUAGUCCCCCUGAUGGCAAGAGCCCUGAGGAAGGACCUGCGGACCAGGAGUCAGAAGAUGACUUGAGUUCAUCUCGCACGUCACUAGAACGUCAAUCUCCACAUCGGGGUAACACUACAGUCCAUGUCUGCUGGCACCGAAAUACUAGUGUAUCCAUGAUCGACUUCAGCUUUGCAGUAGAGAAUCAGUUAUCUGGAAACCUCCUGAGAAAGUUCAAGAACAGCAACGGGUGGCAGAAACUCUGGGUGGUCUUUACAAACUUCUGCCUCUUUUUCUACAAGUCACACCAGGACAAUCACCCCUUAGCCAGUCUGCCCCUGCUGGGAUAUUCACUUACCAUUCCCUCUGAAUCAGAGAAUAUUCAUAAGGAUUAUGUCUUUAAACUUCACUUCAAGUCACACGUCUACUAUUUUAGGGCUGAGAAUGAAUACACUUUUGAAAGGUGGAUGGAGGUUAUUCGCAGUGCCACAGACUCGGCCUGUCGCUCUCGCCUUCUGAGUCACAGAGAGACCCACAUGUACUAAAACCUGAACAUUCCCCAGCCCUCAACAGCUGCUCUUUUAAGCAGAAAUUUGAUACCGACCCCAAUUUGUUGAACGAUUUUCUAAGGCAAGCAAAUAUUUCAUGGAAGAUGGCUGCUUCACAAUGACUUUUUCAGCAUUAUCUGAGCAAAAAAAAACCAUUUGUAACGUUUUUUUUUAUAUAUAUUUACCUUGUUCUGCUCUAAAUUAACCCGUCAACGGCAGCAGGUGGUAUAUUGUACAAUAAAUUUUGACAUUCUGUUUGAACUUUGUGUGCCAACAUUAAAAUAUAUCUUUAGUAUAGUGAACAAAUGAUUAAACUUGUAUUGGUACUCGGGUUCUA